AAACUACGUAGUCCUGGGGAUGUACAGGAUCCAAUACUGACCACUACCGCAGCCUACAGGUUGCGUGCUUUUGCCUGUACCCAUACUAUACUACCAUCUCUAAUUAUAUUCUCCAUAUAUACAGAACCUUCAACUGUGGCGAUUAUUGAGGGUCUAGUUCUUCUUCUGUCUGCUACUAUUGUAUUAUACAACCCAUCGAAACUUUCCCAUAGCCUGCAAUCUGCUCUAACCAGCAAAACCCGUCCAUACUAUACGUCCAUGUCGACAUCGCACGCCAUCCCGCACCGCCUUCACAUCAACCCCAACACACAGUUCUCGACUCAGAAUACAAGAAUACACUGACAUUACCGCAUACCACGGACAGCAACACUGCAACCAGGCACAGAUCAACCCCGUGGCGACAUCGGGGCGCGCCAUUUUCCCAUCUCCGUAUAUCCCCCUCUGUCCGCUCCCUUCUCUCCAUGUCCGAUCUGCCACGUCCUGCACGUGAGAACACUCUUCGCCGCGGAGACCGAGACCACCACCGCCACGAGGGAGCAGCUGAGCCUGAACUGUCCUGUGCGACAACUACCUGACCUCUCUCCUCCUCACCCCUCCUCUCUCUCGACAAACACAACCACAACACACAAUGCCGACCACCACCAUGGCGACAGCGCCGACCUCCCCUCCCCCCUCCACCUCCACCAACAACGGCACCCCCUUCCCCUCGCCACCCAUCCACGACAGCUGCAACGACACCUACGAGGCGCACUCGCACGACGACAACGACGAUACCCUCUCGCGCAUGCGCCUGGCGAGCUCAAACAAGAUAGCCGGGCGCGCCAUUGCGCCAUUCCUCGCGCGCCACAUCCCCGCGGCCUAUGCGCCGACGGGGACGGCGAGGGAGGGCGUGGAGAGGGAGAAGGAUCCGAGUACCAAGUUUUGUUAUAGGCAUAGGCCGGAUCUGAAGUGUAGGAGGACGGCGGAUGAGCCGUCGAUGGAUCAUUUGCAGAGGGAACUCGAGAGCUUGUCGCAGGCCGACCAGCAGGGCAUAUCGCACGUCUGGUCGCUCUUCUCCGCCGCGCCGGCAAAACACCGAAACCUCAUACUACAAGGCAUCCUAACACAAUGCUGCUUCCCGCAGCUCUCCUACCUCUCCACCGCCGUCCGCGACCUCACCCGCAUCGACUUCAUCACCGCGCUCCCCUCCGAAAUCUCAUUCAAGAUCCUGUGCUACCUCGACACCACAUCCCUCUGCAAAGCCGCGCAAGUCAACCAGCGGUGGCGCAGCCUGGCGGAUGAUGAUGUCGUCUGGCAUAAGAUGUGUGAGCAGCAUAUUGAUCGCAAGUGCGUGAAGUGCGGGUGGGGAUUGCCGCUGUUGGAGAGGAAGAGGUUGAGGGAUUGGAAGAGGCAGCAACAGCUCCGUGCGACGGGGAGGGGGCUUAAUGAGUGGUCGCCUCAACUCACGCCGCAGCCUGAGGCAUCGGAUAGUGCUUCGAUCCCAAGACUGGAGUUGGCUGCUACAGGCCAGAAUGGGAGGAAACGCUCCGCCUCCUCGUCCCUCUCCGACGACGGCCACGUCUCGCCCACGCAAAUCAAGAAACUGCGCACCAUCGAACCCGCCGCCAACGGCGUCGUAUCGCGCACCAGCACACCCCGCUUCCGGCCCUGGAAAGAAGUCUACAAAGACCGCUUCAAAGUAGGCACAAACUGGAAGUACGGGCGCUGCACCACGAAAGUGUUUCGCGGCCACACAAACGGCGUCAUGUGUCUGCAGUUCGACGACUCCAUCCUCGCGACGGGGUCGUACGAUACCACCAUCAAGAUCUGGGAUAUCGAUACUGGGGAAGAACUGCGCACCCUCCGCGGCCACACCUCCGGGAUCAGGUCGCUGCAAUUCGACGACACGAAACUCAUCAGCGGCUCCCUGGACCGGAUGCUCAAGGUAUGGAAUUGGCGGACGGGGGAAUGCAUGUCCACAUAUCAAGGCCACACUGGGGGUAUAAUGUCGCUGCACUUCGACGGAAACCUCCUCGCCAGCGGGUCCGUCGAUAAAUCCGUCAAGAUCUGGAAUUUCUCCGAUAAAUCGACAUUCUCGCUCAAAGGGCAUCGCGACUGGGUCAACGCCGUCAAAGUCGAUUCCGCAUCCCGCACUGUCUUUUCUGCGUCAGACGACUGUAGUAUCAAGCUGUGGGACCUCGAUUCUAAGGCCUGCAUCAAGACUUUUGAAGGGCAUGUUGGACAGGUUCAGCAGGUUCUGUCGCUGCCGGCGGAUUAUGAACCGGAACUCGACGACCCCUCCCCAACAGCCGACGACGCAUCCUCCAACGCCUCCUCCGCCGACCUCCCCCAACCCACCGACCUCCGCUCCUCGUUCGGCCCAGCUUUCACCGCCGGUUACGCCACAAACCGCCCCUUGCCGCCGCGCUACAUGUUAACCGGCGCCCUCGACUCCACCGUCCGGCUGUGGGACGUGUAUACCGGGCGCUGCCUGAAAACAUUCUUCGGCCACGUCGAGGGCGUAUGGGCACUGGCGGGGGAUACGCUCAGGGUUGUUUCAGGGGCGGAGGAUAGGAUGGUCAAGAUGUGGGAUGCGAGGACGGGGAGGUGCGAGAGGACGUUCGCGGGGCAUGCGGGGCCGGUUACGUGUAUUGGGUUGAGUGAUAGUAGGAUUUGUACGGGGAGUGAGGAUUGUGAGGUUAGGUUGCAGAGUUUUAAGGGGGAUUUGGGGGAGGGGGAGGGCGGAGUGUAG